UACGAGUUCUCAAGCAUACCCAAAGCUAUGACAGUCAACACAGCCCGGCCCGCGAAUGAGGAAGACUUUGGAAGCAUCCCCAUCAUCGAUCUCGCAGCAUGGCGAAGUCCUGAUCCCAAGGAGCGUCAGAGGUUGACGCAGGCUGGCUUCUUUUAUAUCAAGAAAUUUCACGGCUUCAGCCCCCUCUUCACCGAACUCUCAACAGGUAUCGGCCCCAACGACAUAAUCCAAGACCAAGCCUGCUACUCCGAAGCCUUCGACAUAGGCCACGAAAUCGCCGGCGACUCAACCAAGAAUCCCGGUACCUCUCUCCCACUAGACCUCUUCAACCUCUACGGCGACAACCAGUGGCCAAGCGAAGAGGCGGGCUUCCGGGGCGGGGGGAGGGGCUUUUUGAGAAAUCAUGCAGCGGCGUUGGAGUUAUUGAGAGAUUUGGUGAGGGGUUUUGCUGUUGCGCUUGGUGACUACGAAUGCGUCACCGUCCUAUCACAGGACACCGUCCCGGGCCUACAAGUCCUCAACAACAGCGGACAAUGGGUACGCGCUGACCCUAUCCCAGGGACAUUAGUCGUGAAUAUCGGAGACUGCCUAGCAAUGUGGACAAACAACCACUUCAAAUCAACCAUCCACCGCGUCUCAAACCUAACUGGCCGAGAACGCUACACCAUUCCCUUCGGUUUCGGCGUAGAUUACGACGUUACUAUCUCUGUUCUUGGGAAUUGUGUUUCGGAGGAGCCGGCGUGUACGGCGCCGGUUAAGGCGGGUGAGUAUAUACGUAUGAGGUUAUCUAGGGGAUAUGUGGGGUAUAGGGCGCAGCUGCCGGAUGCGAAGGUUGUGGAGGGUUUGCUUGGUGGUGGGAAGGGUUGAGGUUGUCGGGGAGUAGUCACUGUAACUGAAAUUGAUGAUGCAUACGGAUCCCUUGGAUAGUGCUUUGAAGCUUCGCUUCAGUCGAGAUACUCAUUACCAAGGUACAAUCUACUGUGUAGAAUGAAAUCGGUUCAAGUGAAC